UUUGAUGAAUGUCCUUUCUGUGGACUGUUGGAAACGCAAGAACACAUCAAGAUGGGUGAAGGGAAAAACUGCGAAGCUUGGUUAUGUGAUCUGAUCGAGGAAGCAAACAAGGAAAAGCUAACUAAAGUGCUAAUCACACUGUGGUUCCUACGAAAAGAGCGCAACAACCAUCUUUUCAACAAUCCUAAACUAGAAGAAUGGGAGAUUGUGGGGAAAGCCCAGAAUUACCUGGAAGAUUACGCGGCACAGCAAGUUCAGGGCAGCCCAGGACCUCUAGUGCCAAGAACCCGAGCUAGGUCUAUUUGGGAGCCUCCACCUGCGAGAGUCUUCAAGCUGAAUACAGAUGCGACGGUCCUAGGAGAAGAAGGAACAGAUUAUGGAAUGGUUUUGAGAGAUAGCGGUGGCAAUUUCAUAAUGGGAGCUACUCACCGGACAAAAGUGUGAUGGUCGAUUGAAAUGGCAGAGGCGAAGGCGAUGUUAUGGGGAUUGCAAUUGGAUCGAGCACACCAACCCCAAGCGUUGUUGUUGGAGUCGGAUUGCCAAUCUCUAAUCCAGAAGCUCAAUCAGCGGGAGACCACGUAUAUGGAGGUGGCGGUGAUUUGUGAUGAAAAUCGAGAUGCUGCAGAGGAGAGUGGAAAUGUGGAGUGGAGAUUCUGGAAGAGGGAGGGAAAUGGGUGUGCCCAUGAGAUGGCACGAUUGAAAGGCAAAAUCGAAGAAACAGAAAUGUGGCUUGAUAGGCUACCUGUCUUUCUAGUCACUUUACUUUUCAAAGAGAGCAAUGUAGUCACUGAACUUUGAUUUGGAAUACAGAUGAAUUAUCAAA